ACUAACUCCACUCCGCCAUCAAUCUCCCCAACAUGUCUGCCAACUUCGACACUCCAGAACCACCGCCAAUACCUCGCGCAACUCCCUCGCCACGUACGAAGCCCCUAGACCACCCAGACUAUCCUCCUGGUGAUGAUCCCAACGAGCAACAAGAGUUUGACGACGCGCCGGAGGAGGAGGAAAUACCAUAUCCCGAGCCUAAUGCUGAGCAACCCCUGCUACCACCACCAAACUUCCGACCCUUCUUCGCUUUGAUUGAAGACACCACAUCGGGCGAGCACUACCACCCUUAUGUCCACUAUGUUUUCGCCGACGAUGAUCCUACCAUUGUCACUGCAGCCUCGAUGCGAGGCUUAGGGCUGGACGAUACAAGAUACCUUCCACACGAUCCACCGCCUGCCGGAGAUCGACGUCGGGGUCAGGAAGGUGAUGAAGAAGAGGUUGAAGGAGAGGAGUAUGAACAAGACCCACCAGUCGAGUCGCCAUUCCCGCCGCCCAUACCAGGUGUUAAGGAACACUACCUUAUUGUCGAUGUAGGCGAAGAUGGACGCACAAUCGUGGAUGCACAGUCGCUAUCACCAGAGUGGCAAAUAAUAGACACGGGCGUGCGGACAGCUCCCUCUUUUGAUGAGGACUCUCCGGAUCCAGGUUAUAUGCUACGCAUAGAAGGCGUUGAGAUACCGCGAAAGAACAAAGGAAAGGCUGAGGCCGGAAUAGACAAGCUGACUGAGGCACGAGAACGACAAGGCGACAUUUUUGGAGCAUUGGAAGGUCUGAUUCAAGGCAUAGAGCGAGGUCUGGGUAUUGCGCACAAGAUAUCCAGUGCAGGGCAAAGAGAAGGCGAAGAGGGUAUACCAACAGAUGUUUGUGAGGAAAAUGCAGAAAAGACGGUGGAUGAUGAGCAAUGACGCUCUUCCACUGGAGGCAUAUGCAUCGUUUUUACAUCAGAGCGGCGGGCAAGAGUACGCAUUCAUGAACGCAAGGCUGACUAGAGGGAGAAUGAUGCCUAAAUGCAUCACAAGCGCCUUAUACGACAUUUGCUGCUACACAUUACAUAAUGACAGCAAUGAAGACCAACAGACUCUAAAUGCACACUGCAAGAGUCAAAGAACACGAUGUAA